AUGUCUGGAGCCGCAAAGAGGGUAGCAACUUCCUCUGUCAACUGGGCUAAGUUGGCCGAUCGCUUGAUCCCGGAACAUGCAGCUGAACUUACUCGGGUGAAGGGAAUUAGCGGAACUUUCCAAUCUGCUGUCAACCAAUACCCAGCUGACCUUCCAAAGAUCGACUUCGCUGAGCUCAAGAAGAACCUUCCAGCUCAUGCUGCCAUUCUCGAUUCUCUUCAGAAACAGUAUGAAGCCAUCAAGAUCCCAUACGGAGAAGUCCCAGCUGAGUACUUGAAGGAGGUCGACCAAUGGGUUGAGUACAACAAUGCUCGCAUCAAGUUGCAUGAUGCCAAGGUUGCUGAUGGACUUGAGGAGGCCAAGAAAGUUGAGGAGAAGUGGGCGAAGGCUCCACCAGUCGAGCACUUUGAUCGUCAGCACUUCGUUGAGUACUUCCCAGCUCACUUCUACGAUCUCCGUUACCAGAACAGAAUUCCUGACCCAUGCGAUAUUGGAUUGAACGAGACUCCAGAGAUUGAGAAGAGAUUCAAGGACUACAAGGUUCUUCGACGUGCCGAUAAGGUCGAUGACCAUUAA